AUAAUCGAGCAAAAUGACGAACUAUUUCGAGAUUUUAUGCGGCAUGGCAGCACUGCUUCUUGCUCUCUACUACUAUGCCACAUUGACUUUCAAUUUCUGGAAAAAUCGCGGAGUAGUUGGACCACAACCUCUACCAUUCCUUGGUAACACCAAUGAACUUAUGUUCGCGAGGAAAUCAAUGCCUCACUAUCUCAAGGAAAUUUACAAUACCUAUAAAAAUGAACCAAUGGUUGGUUUGUACAUGAGAAGAUCGCCUCUGCUUGUUGUGCAAGAUGCAGAAUUUAUCAAGGACAUUUUAAUCAGAGACUUCCCCAAAUUUGCGGAUCGAGGAUUCCAUGUUUAUGAAAGGACGGAACCGCUAUCUCAAAGUAUCUUCAACUUGGAAUCUGAGAGAUGGCGACCAUUGAGAACUAUGUUCUCGCCGAUAUUCACAUCCGGCAAGUUGCGAGAAAUGUUUUACCUUAUAAUCGAGUGCUCGCAGCACUUGGAGAAGUAUUUGGACAAGUGUGUGGAGAAAGGAGAGCCCAUCGAAUGUUGCGAAGUAAUGGCAAAAUUCACCACUGACGUAAUUGGCACUUGCGCCUUUGGUAUCGAGAUGAGCGCAAUGGCGAACGAAGACAGCGAAUUCCGUAAAAUGGGCAGGGAGGUAUUCGCUGUGAAUCUGGAAAACGUCAUACGACAAAAGAUGAAAUUAUUCAUGCCAAAGUUGUACCAUUUGCUCGGUUAUGUAAUACCCGAUCGAAAGUUAGCACCAUUCUUUACAAAAAUUGUGACUGACACUAUAAAGUACAGGAAGGAGAACAACAUCGUUAGGCCAGACUUCAUAAACAUGCUGAUGGAGGUAAAGAAACAUCCGGAGAAGUUUGGAAACAUCGAACUGACAGAUUCGCUACUCACCGCGCAGGCAUUCAUAUUCUUCGCAGCCGGUUUUGAAACUUCCUCUAUGACUAUGAGCAACGCUCUUUACGAAUUAGCUUUGAAUCAAGACAUACAAGACAAGCUUCGCGAGGAAAUCAGAGAGCAUUGUUGCAAGAGUAAUGAAGGGUUAAGAUUCGAAGAUAUCAAAGGAAUGCAAUAUUUAGAGAAAAUAUUCAAAGAAACGUUGAGAAUGUAUCCGCCAGGAGCAUUCAUACCGCGAAGAACGAAAUCGAGCUACACUUUUAACAAUACUAAAGUUACGAUACCACAGGGAACACUGAUAUGGAUACCAGUGUUUGCGAUUCAUCGUGACCUGGAUAUUUAUCCGAACCCUGAUUCAUUUGAUCCCGAAAAGUUCAACGAAGAAGCCGUGGCUGCCCGACACCCCAUGCAUUAUUUACCAUUUGGCGAUGGUCCAAGGAAUUGCAUUGGUGCACGUUUCGCAAAUUAUGUAACCAAAGUUGGACUAAUUACGAUUCUUCGUAACUACAAGGUUGAAGUCUGCGAUAAGACGAUAAUUCCCUACGAAUUUGAGCCAGGUGCAUUUGUGUCAGCACCAAAAGGAGGAAUAUACCUGAAGAUAACGAAAAUACGAAGCGAACGGCACAUCGACAUGGCUGACUAUUUUCAAAUACUAAGUGUGAUCGUCGCAGUUUUUCUUGCUGUGUAUUAUUACUUAACAUGUACGUUCGAUUUUUGGAAAGAUCGUGGCGUUGUUGGUCCUCGACCUAUACCAGGUUUUGGAAAUAUCAAAGAUGUUAUGCUGAGAAAAAUCAGUAUAGGUGACUAUAUAGCACGCCUGUACGAGAAAUACAAAAACGAACCAAUGAUUGGGAUAUUCGUGAGAGGAUCGCCUUCGCUUAUUCUGUGCGAUUUAGAUCUCAUCAAGGACGUUUUAAUCAAAGACUUCUCUACGUUCGACAAUCGAGGACUGAAUGUUCCUGAACGGACUGAUGCAUUGGCUACGAAUCUCUUUAACGUAGAAGCGAGAAGAUGGAGACCUUUGCGAACGAAACUCUCGCCAGUAUUUACUUCCGGUAAACUAAGGGAAAUGUUUCCUCUGAUAUUAGAGUGUGCGGAAAAUUUGGAACAAUGCUUGGAGAAGGUUAUAGAAAAAGGAGGCUUCAUGGAUUGCCGCGAAAUAACAGCGAGAUUCUCUACUGACGUUAUUGGAAGCUGUGUUUUUGGUAUCAACAUGAACGCACUGUCAGACGAAGAGAGUGAAUUUCGAAGAAUAGGAAGAAAAAUCUUUGAUCAAAAUUUGAAAACGAUCCUCAGGAUAACCUUUCGAGAUACUUUUCCACGGUUGUAUAACUUUCUUUGGUUCUUGAUACCACAAUCGGAAGUAACUACAUUUAUUACAAAACUGGUCGCGGAUACGAUGAAAUAUAGAGAAGAAAAUAACAUCGUUAGGCCGGAUUUUAUAAACAUGCUGAUGGAACUGAAGAAGCACCCGGAAAAAUUAGCAGAUAUUGAGUUAACGGACACAAUUCUCGCUGCGCAAGCUUUUGUCUUCUUCGCGGCUGGAUUCGAAACGUCUUCGACGACAAUAUCGCACGCACUUUACGAAAUGGCCCUGAACCCUGAUAUACAAGAUAAACUUCGGAGAGAAAUAAUAGAAUUCCAUGUCAAAACUAAUGGAAACUUGAAAUACGAACAAGUCAAAGAAAUGAAGUACUUGGACAAAAUAUUCAAGGAAACGCUUAGAAAGUAUUCAGCAGGAACGCUUCUAAGGCGACAAAGCAACGCUAAUUAUACCUUUAGUGGUACAAAGGUAACGAUUCCUAAGGGUACCGGAGUAUUUAUUCCCGUGUAUGCGAUUCAAAGGGAUUCCAAUAUCUAUCCGGAUCCUGAGAAAUUCGAUCCAGAAAGAUUUAACGAAGACGCAGUAGCUGCCAGACAUCCGAUGUCCUAUCUACCGUUUGGCGAUGGACCAAGAAAUUGCAUUGGAGCACGUUUUGCGAUUUAUCAAACUAAAAUGGGACUGAUAAAAAUAUUACACAAGUUCAAAGUUGAUGUUUGCGAAAAGACAAUAACUACUUAUGUACAUAACCCGAAUUCCCUUACAUUGUCUCCCAAGGGUGGAAUUCACUUGAAAAUAAGCAAAGUAGAAAGUUGAAUUUAUUACUUGAACGGUAGCCAUUCAUAGAUUUCAACUUCAAACAUAACGUAACAUAUUUUUUAUUUGUUGCUCCAAGAUUUUGUAUUUUGCACUUUUUGACUAUCCUAUAAUAAAAGAAAAUUAUAAAAGCGUA